CCAGGUAGAGGUGCAUCCAUCCAGGAGUGUUGUGUGUACAAGAGGGAUCAUGAAGUGUCUUGUUGCUGUUUUGGUCUGUGUGGUACUCGCAGAGGGAAUCGUCAAGAUCCCUCUGCAGAAGCACAAGUCCAUGCGUGAGGCCCUGAGAGAAAAAGGGAUCGAGCUGCCUUACCAGGAUCCGGCUCUCAAGUACCAGGAUGAUGAGUUUGCUGGCUCUGCCAACAUGUACAUCAAUAACUACGCCGAUACCACCUACUAUGGCGCCAUCAGUAUUGGAACACCCCCCCAGUCUUUCCAAGUGCUGUUUGACACUGGCUCUGCCAACUUGUGGGUGGACUCUGUCUACUGCAACACUCAGGCCUGCAACGCACACACAAAGUUCAACCCUCAGCAGUCCUCUACCUACCAGCGCAAGGGACAGUCCAUCUACCUGCCCUACGGAGCUGGAAGCCUCUAUGGAGUCUUAGGAUAUGACACCGUCAAUGUUGGCGGCAUUGUGAUCGAUAACCAGGAGGUCGGUCUGAGCACAAACGAGCCGGGUCAGGUCUUCGAGGUGGCAAAGUUUGAUGGCAUCCUCGGCCUCUCCUACCCAAGCAUAUUGGCUGGAGGAGCGACGCCUGUCAUGGACAACAUGAUUAAUCAACACCUGCUAGACGCCAACAUAUUCGCUUUCUACCUAUCCAGAGAAGGACAGCAGGGCAGUGUGCUCUCUUUCGGAGGAGUGGACAACAGCAUGUACCGGGGCCAGAUCUACUGGACCCCUGUGACCUCUGAGAGCUACUGGCAGAUUGGUGUUGAUGGAUUCAAGAUCAAUAAUGAAGACACCAGAUGGUGCUCUCAGGGCUGCCAGUCCAUUGUGGACACAGGAACCUCCACCCUGACGGCCCCAAGCCAGCUUCUGGGUUCCAUCAUGCAGGCCAUUGGAGCUCAACAGAACCAGUAUGGACGGUACAUGGUGGACUGCAGCCAGAUCAACAACCUGCCAACUCUCAGCUUUGUUAUCAGCGGUGUGUCUUUCCCUCUGACUUCUUCUGCUUACAUCAGUCAGCACUACCAGAAUGGAUACCAGUACUGCUCAGUGGACAUCGCCCCCACCUACCUUCCCUCUCGUGAUGGCCGGCCCCUGUGGAUCUUUGGAGAUGUGUUCCUCAGAGAAUACUACUCCGUCUAUGACCGCAUCAACAACCGUCUCGGCUUUGCUCAAGCUGUCUAAGUUUCCCGAAGCGUAACCUAACCUGACCGUCAUCCUGAUUCGAUUUUAAAACAGAAAUGAAUCGUCCAUAAAAUUGCAUAAUUCUCAAGCAGAAUAAAAGUUAAAAUGCAAGUGUUUUGAUAUUUAAUCUUUCUAAAUGAGAUCUCAUUAUCGUGACAGCACAUCUCCUGUGCUGAGGGUCAUCAAAGGGGUUUCCCCUUUAUUAUUAACCUUGAGCUUGUGUCCGUUUGUGUUAAAUUAAUUUCCAAAACUAACAACCUUUUUAAAUCCUGGGACUCAUAGUGACAAAUAGCUAAAAUUAUGGUUGAAAACAUAUCCAAUUGCUAUUAUUUUCACUGAUUUUUGCAAUAUGUAAAUAAAUAAUCAUUUGAACAGCAUUAUUCUCAUUUUCAAUGAAAAAUUUAUUGUUAUGGUAUGAAUGUUUGAGGGUCUGUACCAACUAAUUAUAUUGUACAAUGUUUGUGGACUGAUGUGUGGGCAGGACAACAAUAUUUAAUUUAAAUGAUAACUUGAAACACAUUUUGACUUUCCAAAUAUUGCACCUCCUAUGAUUUUAAAAUGACUGUAGGCCACGUUGCAAUUCAAUAAUAAAUGUAUUAAUUGUGCUCCUCUCAUUAAAACUCUGAGAUUUUGA